CUUUGUUGCUCGAUUCCUGAGAGCACGAUUUCUCAAAGACUACAACGGUAUCUGAGUACUAACUAUUAGAAAUGUCAUGAAGAGAGUCAGAAACUCGCAACGGUACAGAGACCCUCUUCCCAUAGGGGUGACUGCUCUCAGCCCAUUGAGUUGGGCUCUUGCAGCAGUGGCAAUGGCUUGGCAGUUCUGGACCUACAAGCCCGAGAUCGACGAGAAAUUCCGUGUCUAUGGGCCAGACAUGCUUUUUCUCUGGAACCAUGGGUUUUUUGGUAAGGGUAUUCUUUCUCGGAGCGAGCCGACCUGGCUGGAGAGAACUCGGCGCCGGGUACUAGGCCAGCGCAGCUCGCACACAGACGAAGAGAUGGUCGCGCAACGUCGCAAAGCCCGAAGUCAGUUCAAACAAAAACGCAAGCAGCUCGACGAGCUGGAAAAUUUCUAUAAGCGGAAAAACGACAGGGCUGGACUUGAGGAAGUGGAAAAAAAAAGACACGAGCUCACUUUAGAGCAGCCCGAGAGAGUCCAGGUUAUUCGGUCCGAAGACAAGGAACUCAUCGUUGGCUCCGACAUCCAACAGCUGGAGUACGUGCAGUUGAUGCCUGAGGAGGUGUUAUUUCUGCAGAUUCUCGAUUGUGUGCGCACAAACACAGAUUUUGUUUCUCUAUUUAGGUCGCUGGCGUCUAAAGAGUUUUGCUUGAGGUUCCUGGUUUACUAUUACUACCGCACGCUGGGGUGGGUGGUGAAAUCGGGACUCAAAUUUUCGUGCGAUUUUAUAUUGUACGAACGCGGUCCCGUUUUCCAGCAUUCACAAUAUGCUGUGAAGAUCGCCACUCCGGGCACUUGGCUUGAGACGUGCUCGAUGAGCCGUGUGGUGGGAUCGGUGAAGAAGAAGCUAAUAUUGGUGUUUGUGAGGCCUCCGCCAGACUUUGACCAGCGUAUCAAGUGUCUCACAGAUAAAAAAUCUGUUUUCGCGCUUCUCAAUGAUUUCAUACUGGACGAGAUCUCUUUCAAGCGCUGGUCGGCUGCCCGCGAGCGGGAGUGACGUAUGCAUUAGUUAAUUUAUUGCUUCCAAUGUUUCUGGACCCAUUUGCAGUCCCUGACUUCUCCCUUGAAGUCUCGCAGAUCCUUUUUAUCCAUUUUAGCGAUGCACACGUAAUUUUUCUUGUCAAGCACGCAUUUCUCUUGCGAGUCUGGGAACGGACACGGGCAGUCAACAGGGCUUGCCACACAGGCAAAAGUCUCGGGACACAGGUAUUGCGAGCAGUCUGUAUUCAGCUGCUUGCUCUGGUAGUCAAACUGUUCUGGUGCACGCUGGUGGCCAAAGAAGUUUUGGAAGAAGUCACCUUUCACCAGCAAAAAGAAGAGGAAAUAAACCAGCAUCGUCAUGACAAGUAAGCGA